CAGAGCGGGAGUCUCGCCCGUUAAGUUUCUGUUGACGUGGUAACGGUGUGUGUUCUCAGUUUGGGGAGGAAAUCUCCACAUAUUCAUGUCUAAAAGUUUGCAAAACAGUGCAGCUUGAAGCGAGAAGUCAUGCUGGACUUUGCCAUCUUCGCUGUCACGUUUGUCAUCAUCUUGGUCGGCGCUGUUCUCUAUUUGUAUCCGUCAUCCAGAAGGGCCUCUGGUAUCCCAGGUCUCAAUCCCACAGAUGAAAAGGAUGGGAACCUGCAGGACAUUGUGAACAAAGGCAGUCUGCACGAGUUCCUCGUCACUCUGCAUCAGGAGUUUGGGUCUGUGGCGUCGUUCUGGUUUGGCGGUCGGCCAGUGGUCAGCCUGGGCUCCGUGCACCAGCUUCAGCAGCACAUCAACCCCAACCACACGACUGACUCCUUUGAGACGAUGCUGAAGUCGUUGCUGGGAUACCAGUCAGGAAUGGGGGGCGGAGCUGCUGAGACUGUAUUAAGGAAAAAGGUGUAUGAGAAUGCCAUCAACAACACACUGAAAAACAACUUCCCUCUUGUGCUGAAGCUGGUGGAGGAGCUGGUGGGAAAGUGGAAGUCAUUCCCAGACUCUCAACACAUCCCUCUGUGUGCCCACCUGCUGGGUCUGGCCUUGAAGACUGUCACCCAGCUGGCUCUGGGAGAGAGCUUCAAAGACGACGCCAAGGUCCUGUCCUUCCGCAAGAACCACGACGCGAUCUGGUCAGAAAUCGGAAAAGGCUACUUGGACGGCUCCCUGGAGAAGAGCUCCAGCAGGAAGGGACAUUAUGAGAAGGCUCUGUCAGAGAUGGAGUCGGUGCUGCUGUCAGUGGCGAAGGAGAGGAAAGCCCAGAGGAAGCAGACGACAUUUGUGGACGCUCUGCUUCAGUCCAGCCUCACAGAACGACAGAUCAUGGAGGAAUGCAUGGUUUUCACUCAGGCCGGAUGCGUCAUCACUGCUAACUUGUGUAUCUGGGCACUUCACUUCCUGUCCACCUCAGAGGAACUUCAGAACAAACUGUACCAGGAGCUGGAUGAGGUUCUGGGUUCAGACCCAGUGACCUUGGACAAAAUCCCUCAGCUCAGAUACUGCCAGCAGGUCCUCAACGAGACGGUGAGGACCGCCAAGCUGACCCCCGUCGCGGCUCGGCUUCAGGGGGUGGAGGGCAAAGUCGAUCAACAUGUCAUCCCCAAACAGACUUUGGUCAUCUACGCUUUGGGAGUGGUCCUGCAAGACUCUGACGCCUGGAGCAUCCCAUACAGGUUUGACCCGGAUCGAUUUGAGGAGGAAUCAGUCAGGAAGACCUUCUGUCUGCUCGGAUUCUCAGGGAAUCAAACGUGUCCAGAGCUCAGGUUCGCCUACACCGUCGCUACUGUCCUGCUCAGCACGCUGGUGCGGCAGCUGAAGCUCCACCAGAUAAAGGGACAGGUCAUGGAGGUCCGAUCAGAGCUGGUGUCCACACCCAAAGACGAAACCUGGAUCACCGUCAGCGGAAGAAGCCAGAACUAGUCCUGUUUCUGAGAAGUACUUAACGUCUUGAUGAAAGCAAUUACCAGCAAAGUAUUUCUUGAAUGUUCAGGGUCCUGUCUGCAGGAGAAACAUCAUUUCUCACGUUAACUCCUGCCUUUAUGGUUAUUGGCACUUCUUGGAAUUAAACUCAUAAUUUGCAUCAUUCUUGAGGCUUUUUCCAAACUUGGUAGAAUUUUUUACGUUCAGUUUUCCUUGCACCGUAACCGUUUUCUAUCUGGUGCUUUUCCUGUCCAACAAUCUGAGGCCUUAAGCACAUUAUUACCUUGUCAGAUUUGCACUUGUUGAAAUCUGUUGAAGGCAGAAAACUCAGUGGUUUAGUUCUCUAACAUGUAGAGAAAAAACAACUAGUGCUGCUAGAGGUUUUUCUAUCUUUCCUAGCACAGCUGCCUUGGGUCAGAAUCCCCCAAAACACGGGGCUUGUUUGUCUGUUGAUACGGCCCACAUGGCGUUUCAUUCCCUUUUUUAAACACGACUUACAUAUGAUUAAAUAUGUAUGAGGA